UCGCGGUUGCUAGGACAAUAUUGGAUCAGCAGCUUCGCUCUAGAAAAAUGUGCAAUACGAGUAAACAUCUGGUUGAAUUAAAUUAAAGAAAACCCCGAAAACCCUGUUCAACUGGGAAUGCAGCAGGGACGUUAUAAUGGCUGUUCCUGUGUGGGCUCUCUCUCUCCCGCUGCCUGCCAUCAUCAUGAUCUCUGUGGGACUCUAUAUGAUGGUCCUUGGGGCUGUGCUGUGGUGUCACCACUGUCUCAAGGCCAAGUGUGAUCCACAGUGUUCAGAUUGCUGUGCAGGUUUCUCUCCUUGCGAGUACUGUUUAGUGUGUGCCCAGACAUGUGACUGUCGUCCACCCUCUCUGCGAUCCUGCCUGGACUACUCCUGUCCCUCCCCUAAUUGUGCGAUGUGGGAUUGUGCUUGUACCUGUCAACCACCAGAGUGUGACUCCAUCAACUGCUUCUGCUUUGAGAUCAAGUUUAAGUAGAAGGAACAGUGGAGGAAAAGAGGAAGACCCACCUCACUUUAAAAGAUGCCUUUAAAUACCAACUCCAAGUGACACUCAAGUAUGUUUUAAGAUGGCCAGAGAAACUGUGAUUCAUUCUUUGGUUGUUCUGUAAUGUUUGUAUCAUUUGGGAGACAUUACAGCAUCCUUCCUAUUUACAGUCAUUGAUUUAACCAAAAAUGAACCUUUAUAACAUCGGUUCUAAAAGAUUUAGAUGCACAUGUAUUGAGAUUGAGAAUAUACAUUGUUUAGUUGAGUCAUGUAUGGAUGAAGUGAGCAAGAUUAAUAAAUGCUUAAUAAAACAUAAUAUACACUGUAUGCACAGUACACACUAUUGUAGUAUAAUGGUUAUUGGACAUAUUUAAGUCAUAGUGUGAUGACUUAAGUUUGAUUUUCAAACUGCUGUAAUUCCUGAAAUACACAAUCACUAAAGAACAAUAGAAAACUGAAGCUAAGGUUAAGGCUUUAAGCUGUGCCAUGGAUUUUUUAAAGCAUGCCGUUUUUGACACAAUUCCGCACAAAAGGUCAUAUUUAUAAACUUUCUUCUUUUCUAGUUUCCUAGUCAGCAAUAAUGAAUUAUGCUUUGUGUAGCGAAUGUGAUAUGAUAUGAUAUAUAUGAUGGACAUUUUCCUUCAGUUAUGAGCCAUACAAAGUGAAGAGAGGAAACUAUAAACUACACAUGCUGUUAAAUAUAUCUCUUUCUGACACAGAUGUCUUGUGUGGACUGUAUAUAAGAUGCAUGUUCAUAUAGCCCUGAUUUACCAAUUUUAGAUGGUAAUAAUUUUUGUGAUACAUACUGUACAAAAGUAAUAAAAGCUAGUUCUAAUGUUUACUAAUGUAAGUGUUUUCCGGACAUCAUCCUGUGAAAUAUGUGUGCAUAUUGUAUUGUGUGAAAUAUGUCACAGUUAUGUAUGUGGCAGUUUUUUGUAUACAGAGUAAACUUGCUGUGACUGCUGUGUCACUUCUCUCUGUUUUCAGGCAAAAUUUAAGUUGAAAUUAGUUUUUUUAUAUCAAUUUUUUAUAUAAAUAUGUGCUAUUUUUGUAACUGUGUGGUUUUAAAAUGAAUUAAA